CAGCCGUCAUGUUCCUCCUCCUACGUAACUCUGUUUAGCCUACAUAAACAAAGCUGAAAUAUUCCACUCUUCUUCAGUCCCGUGAUUGCACCGGAGGUCUCGCGCAGCUGUGCAGAGAUGGACAAGAGUCGCGCGGACGCUUCCCAGCGAUUCCCCGAAAUUAUUGAGCUCAAUGUCGGGGGGCAAGUUUACGUUACGCGCCACUCAACUUUACUCUCCGUGCCCAAUUCUUUACCUUGGACCAUGUUCAGCCAGAAAAAACCCGCAGAACUUACCACCGACAGCAAAGGACGCUACUUUCUGGACAGGGACGGCUUUCUGUUCAGAUAUAUUUUGGAUUACUUGCGGGACCAGGCUCUGGUUUUGCCCGACUACUUCAAAGAGAAGGCGAGCCUUCUUAAAGAGGCAGAAUAUUUCCAACUUCAAGAGCUGGCAAAACGCCUGAGACCGGCGGUCAGUAAGGAGAACUCCAUCAGCGAGGAGGUGUGCCAGAGCGACCCGGAGGAGGCUGCGCUCGCCGGCACGAGUAUCACCAGCACCGGUCCUCGCUCCCCGUCUCUGGAGGCGAGGAAAUUCGGCUACAUAACCAUCGGGUACAGGGGCUCCUAUACCAUAGGACGAGACAUCCAACAGGACGCCAAAUUUCGACGUGUGGCGAGAAUUACCGUGUGCGGAAAAACAUCUCUCGCCAAAGAAGUUUUCGGGGAGACUCUGAACGAGAGCAGAGACCCCGACAGACCCCCAGAGAGAUACACUUCUCGGUAUUACCUCAAGUAUAAUUUCCUGGAGCAAGCCUUUGACAUGCUGGCGGAGGUGGGCUUCCACAUGGUUGCGUGUAGUUCCACGGGCACCUGCGCCUACUCGAGUAACGACCCCAACGAGGACAAAAUCUGGACGAGUUACACCGAGUACGUUUUUUGCAGGGAGUGAAGUGGACUCACUUUUGGGAACUGUUGUAACACAUUUCUCGGACAUUCACCUUUGCAUUCGUUACGCACCGCGAAUGUGUAGUUGUUCCCACACAAUGUCAACACGUAAAGACUGUCGCUGGGCAGACGUUUUGUGCAUAUUUUGUGUUGUAAGUAAUCAUUUAAUAAUGGCUGAUCUCCCAAAUCUGUCGUCUGUUCCCAGAAUUUAAACAACCGCGGAUAGCAAUUUUCAGUAUUUAAACACUGUAGGUUUGGACUGGAGGAAGCACACAAUGUAGGCCUACUCUCAAUGAUACUCUCAAUGAAAUCAAAUCAAUCUUUAUACCACUUAAGUUCUUCAUAUUUUGUGAUAUUAAAAGUGAAUUACAUUCCUGCAUUUACUAGUUUCCUUAUAUGAGAUUGUUUUUUAUUUUUAUUUUUUUUAUUGAGUACAUCAAGAAGCUCAACAGACACAAAAGAGACAAAAAUAAAAUGUCAUCCCAGUAGUAAAAUUGCAACCUGUUCCAUAAUGAGUGAGUACCUAUAUGUAUACUGUAUAUAUAUAU